CAAACACUAACAUGCUGUUUCGAGUUUCUUGAGGGAAGUCUGAAUUUGUGUUGUUAGAUCUUCGAAGCUAAAUAUUAAAAAACAGCUAAAAUAAUUUCCUUAUUUUGACUGCUCCAAAAAGUUCGAUUAGUAUGGCUGUGCCUGAUUCAGAGGAUUCUGGUUGGAAAAAAGUACAGGGAAAGAGGAAAUUUCGUAGUAAUGUAAUUCCUUCAAACAAGAGAAAGAAAGAAUUUCACUUAGAUGUUCCCACUGCUGAAGAAUUAAAUAAGUUGAGAGAAGCGGAAGAUACCUUCCAUUCAAAUCUUUUUAAAAUGCAAGUAGAUGAGCUUCUGAAAGAGUUGAAAGAAAAAUCCACAGAGAAAGAUAUGUUCUUAAAAUGGCUAGAAGAAUUUAAAGAGUUUUUGUAUAAAAUUCCUGAAAGACAGCAGUGUGAAAUUAAGGAUUUUACUUUAAAUGACUCUAUUCAGAUACCUAUUCUUCAGAAGCCUGAAAGUACAAAGGGUGUCUUUAAACUUAUUGCACCAGAAACUGUACAAGAGAUUGGAAGCUUUGUUUUAGAAACAAUGUGUUCGGCAGAAUCUCUUGUGGAUGUGGCUGUAGAAAUACCAAAAGCUUGUUGGCAGAGUCUGGACUUUUUGAAUCAUCGUUAUCAUCGUAAAAGAGCAUUUUAUUUAGCUUGUAUCGCCCAUUCUUUGUUGGAAUCUGAUUUAGUCAGUGAAAUGAAAUUCAGCUUACAGAAUGAUUCCUAUUUAUCACCAGUUUUAAGAAUUAUUCCUAAAGCUAUAUCACAGUUCACUGUAAAUCUCACUGCAUAUCCUAGUGAACAAGCCUUCAAACUUAACAGAUUUAUUCCUGUAAGGAAUAACGUUAGAUCAUCCUGGAUGUUAGGUAUUGAAGAAGAUCACAGUAUACCUACACCAUAUUACAAUGCUAUAAUUCUAGCAGACGUGCUCUUACCAAAGUUAAAUAAGUAUCUUAAAGAGGAAAUUACGAAUCAAAAUGUUAAAGAUGGACUUAUUUUGCUAAAACUUUGGUGCAGACAGAGAGGUUUGACUAUGGGUUAUGGUCGAUUGAAUGGUUUCAUUCUUACUAUGUUUGUGUCCUAUUUAUUAAAGAAGCAAAAAAUUAAUUCUGCAAUGAAUGCUUAUCAGAUAUUUAGAUGUUCCCUUCUUGCAUUGCAAAAAGAAAAUUUGGUUGAAUUUGGUAUUAGUCUGUGUGAAGAAACUAAGAGUGAUUUAUCCUUGGAAGAAUUUAAAAAGGCUUAUCAUGUAGUCUUUGUGGAAAUAUCUGGUUUCCUGAAUAUAUGUUAUGCUGUAACUGAAGAAACUUAUAAAAUGGUGCAACAUGAAGCAAAACUGGGUCUGCAGAUAUUGGAUAAAGAAACUUCUGACAGUUUUAGUCUACUUUUCAUGCACAAAAUUACCUUCAGUAAAAAAUUUGAGUAUCUUCUUCAUUUCAAAGGAGCUAAAAAGUUCAAGAAAUUCAGUGAAAAACUUAAAUGUGAUUCAGAAAGUAUUGAUUAUGGAAAAGACAAAAUUUCAUGCAUUAUGCAAAAAAUAUGUAGAAUUCUGAAAAAAGGGUUAGGCUCCAGAAUCUUAUUGUUAGAUAUUUUGAAAGCUGCUCAUACACCUUGGGAAGUUUCCGAACCUCCACCAAGCCCUAAUAUUGGUCAGGUUACUAUUGGGUUACUUUUAAACCCUGAUGUUCCACUCAAUAACUUAGUAAAAGGACCAAGUGCUGAUGAUCCAGCUGCAAAGGAGUUUCAAAGUUUUUGGGGCAGCCGUUCAGAGAUGCGCAGAUUUCAAGAUGGGACCAUUCGAGAAGCUGUAUAUUGGCCUGCCAUUACAGUAGCUGAUAAAAGAAAUGUAUUUUUCAGCAUCAUAAGGGAUAUUUUGAAAAGGCACAUUGAUGCUGAAGAGAAGGAUGUUGCUGUAGUUGGCACUGAAGUGGAUUGUGCCCUUCAUUUGCCUGCACAUAUAUUCUCAGAAUUUGAGCCAUAUGGUACCGGUGAAGAAGCUCACAUGAAGUUCAUGCAGUCUUUCAACAAUUUAUCAAAACAGCUUCGCAGUUUACAAGGAUUACCGCUGUUAAUUGCAUCUAUGCAAGGAACAUCACCAGCUUUUCGAUUUUCAGAAGUUUUCCCACCUCUCUCUGCAGAAUAUACCAUCGAAAAGAAGAUCUGUUUCAUUUCUGAUAAUAUCGUGAAACUGAAAGAAAAUUCUCUUAAAGCUCCACCUUAUGUUCCAGCUUUGAAAGUGAUUUUAAAUUUGGAAGGCAGUGGCAAGUGGCCUAGUGAUGUAGAUGCUCUUAAAAGGGUCAAAGCUGCAUUUUAUAUAAAAAUUGCAGAGUUAGUCAAGUCCCAGUGCUCCCUAGUUUCUGUUCCUUUUCUAACACAUGUAGAUAUUUUCAAGGAGGGCUAUGUUUUUCGUUUAGAGAUAGCAUGCCACAAAGAGAUAUAUUUAUUGAAGCAGAUUCGAAUGCCAAAUGGACUUCUUAAAAUAAAAGAAACUAAAGAAUCUCAUGACUUGGAAGUGUCAACAGAAGUUCUUCCCAAAUUGAACAGUGUUCUUCAUGGCUUGCAUCAGCAACAUAAUACGUAUGGUACUGCUUGCCGUUUGGCAAAAAGAUGGGCAUCUGCACAAAUGAAGCAUGGGUAUAUACAUGACAUUGCUAUUGAACUGAUGAUGGCUUACAUUUAUGUCCAUCCUGAGCCAUACACAUGUCCAUGUUCUCCUCAGGUAGCAUUUUCUCGGUUUCUUUCAUUGCUGAUAUCUCAUGACUGGAAUAUGACUCCUUUAAUUGUGAACCUGAACCAUGAAUUACAAA